AGCAGGUUGGAGCCUGUGUCAGAGAGAGAGAGAAAGGGAGAGAGAGGGAGAGAGGAGAAGCCUACCACAGCAGGAGGUGAGGACAAGCAGGAGGUGUUUGGUGUGUCCACAGAAGUCUGCCUUGGGUUCUCACUGAGCCACUCUGAGAAUGGAUCUAUCAGCUCGGGAGCUGUGUCUCAACUUCACGGUUGUCCUGAUCACGGUUCUCCUUAUGUGGCUCCUUGUGAGAUCCUAUCAAUCCUGAGACAGCAUGCCACUCUCCUGGGAUUGACUUCAAUGCUCCAGAGCUGCCUGCUGUAUGCCCCGAGAUCCCGCUGCUGUAAUGGGAUGCCUUUCUUGGCACCCCAAGGCACUUCUGGCCUUCACACACCAUAUCUGAGGUGCCUCCCGUGUUAGGAUCAAUUGUAUGUUCUCUAAAGAUGCUGCUCUCAAGGGCUGCUGAGUGUUUGCCAGUGAACAUUAGAUUUAUUCCCCAACUCUUUUGGCAAAGGUGUUAGAUAAGCCACAAGGUUAAAAUGAAACUGGUUCAUAAUGACCUAGAAUUAUAAAAAGCCCUGAAUCUGUCUCACCACACAUCCCUUCAACCCACUGUCUGCAACAAAACUUUAACUCACCCCACCAGGAGAAACGGUGAAGGAAGUUUUUGUCAGCCCAUCACAGCUAUCAUGUGAAU